UCCGAUGUUUUUCAAGCAUUAUAAACAAUUAUAAGAGAGUUCGAGAUUAACUGCGCAUCCUAAGUACAGAUUAGAUAACCUCAAUCGCUGUAUAACUUUGCAGUAAAAAAUUAACUUUAAUAGAGUACACCUUUGGAUACUCUGGGAACCAAGAACAACAACACAUAAACAAUUGUAAAGUAUUUUAAAGCGAAUGGAUGCGAGCACGUGUUAUCAAGUGUUGACAUCAGCAAAACUGUCCAUCAAUUAUAUUUAAUUAUAAAAAAAAAGGAAUUGUAAUUUUAAAUUAAUAUCUGCGGAUUUAAACCGAAAGAUGCCGAAAAUACGUGCAGCGAAAUUAUCCCGCGUCCACAAUAAUAUCGAGAAACAAGGAAUUCUGUUCAACACCAAUAUUGGGCAGCAUAUCUUAAAAAAUCCUCUGAUUAUCCAAAAGAUUGUAGAAAAGGCAGCAAUCAGACCUACAGACGUUGUAUUGGAAAUUGGUCCUGGUACGGGAAACAUGACGGUUAAGAUGCUCGAAAAGUCUAAGAAAGUGAUCGCUUGCGAAGUCGACACGAGAAUGGUCGCCGAGUUACAGAAACGAGUUCAAGGAACGGAAAACCGUUCCAAGCUACAAGUGAUCAUUGGCGAUGUGCUUAAAACAGAUUUGCCAUUUUUCGAUCUAUGCGUAGCAAACAUUCCGUACCAAAUAUCAUCACCUUUGGUGUUUAAGCUACUUCUACACAGACCGCUUUUCAGAUGUGCAGUACUCAUGUUUCAAAGGGAAUUUGCGGAGAGAUUAGUGGCGAAACCAGGUGAUAAGUUGUACUGUCGUCUCAGCGUGAAUACUCAACUUCUAGCACGAGUAGACAUACUGAUGAAAGUUGGCAAAAAUAACUUCAAACCACCUCCUAAAGUUGAGUCUAGCGUGGUCAGGCUGGAGCCUCGGAACCCACCACCACCGAUUAACUAUCAGGAAUGGGAUGGACUGACGAGGAUUGCCUUCGUUAGGAAAAACAAAACGUUGUCGGCAGCGUUUAAACAGACGGCUGUUUUGACUUUAUUAGAAAAGAACUUCAAGCUUCACUGCAGUCUUAAUGACAAACCGAUACCAGAGGAAUUGGACAUGAAGAAAAUGGUGGAUGACAUAUUGCAAAAAGCACAGGCGGAAGACACGAGAGCAAGGUCAAUGGACAUGGAUGACUUUAUCAGAAUCUUGCAUGCCUUCAAUUCUGCAGGCAUCCAUUUCUCAUGAACCCAAUUUACAUCGUCUUCAAUGCCCUCGAUAAACCCAAGAGUGAAGCUGCAGCUUAAAUUAAAUUUUUUUCCUACAGGCACCGUUACUGUAUAUAUAUUCUGUAAAAAUUAAUUGAUUAACAAAAUAUACUGGGCGUUUAAAUGGAAUUGGAUAUUGUUUUUGCGUUAAGUGACGUAGUCAGCACUUAGUAUUAAAAUUCUCUCGCAUUGGAAUCUUAUCUCUGACUUUACCUCAAGAUUUCGCUUUUUUGAAGUGCGAUCAAUUUCUAUUUUAAGGAAUCCCAAUUUCUUUUAAAUUGAUACUUCACAUUGGAACAUAUCGUUCAUAUGUAAUUUUGCAUGAACUACAAAUAGGAUAUUUUACAGGUAUAUUUAAGGUGAUAUGAAAGAGUCAUUCUAUACACAUAAAAUGUCAAAAUAUUUAUAAAACUUUUC